AUGGUGCGAUUACGAGUUUUUGCUUUUGUAGUUUCAUUAUUAGUUUGGCAUGUGGAAUUUGUAUCAAGCUUAUAUGCUAACCAAGCAGGGGUAAUUGAUUGGCAUCAUCAGUAUAUUGGUACUCCGAAAACCUCAUUUUUUCAUAAGUUUGUUUCUAGAGGGGCAUAUGUUUUGGUAGCUUCCGACCGUAACGUCUUAGCAUCAAUUAAUGUUCGUAGUGGGAAUCUUGAUUGGCGUCAAGUUUUUGAUGAGAAUGAAAAUAUUUUAGCUUUCAAAGGUUAUGAAAAUGUCGCUAUCUCUGUAUCCAAACGAGAUCACGAUUACAUUGUUCGAUCUUGGGAAUCACAUUCAGGAUUUAUGUUAUGGGAGAACAGGAUAAAAGAUGUUGGAGUGAUGAAUUCUAAUCCAAGUAUUGGGGACGAUGAUGCUCCAGGAGUAGAAGUUGUAUUCGCCGCGGAUAACCUUGGUGUACUAGCCCUAUUAGAAGGGACUACUGUUAUUAAUUUAAAUUUCACUGAUGGCAAUCAAAUCUGGAGAUCAGACAUUACUGAUAGUUCGACCGUUCUCUAUAAACUUGUCGAGUUUGAACAAAAAGUUUACAGUGUUGGUCUUAAAAAAUCCAUCAGGUCUUAUACUAUCGAAGUUAAUACUUACAAUAUUUCAAAUGGAAUAUUAAAGACACAAUCUCUAUCCUCCAAGAUUGAUCACAUCAAAGAUAUGAUUGUUUUGGGAGGUACUACACAAAAUGGAUUUAUAAUUUGGAAGGAAGAAAAUAAUAUGCGCGUGAAUCGGUUGGAUACUACUGUUAUUGAGCAAGCUCCUUUAGAGGCACUUUAUGGAACUGUAAUUCCAUCGUUUGCCAAUGCAAAUGGAAAACUUGAACUUCAUGAUCUUAAUCUUGGAUCAAGAACUGAAUUUCUUGUUCAAGUACCUACAAAUGAGGGUAAUACAGCUGCUGUAUUCAAGGUUGAUCCUGUAAGUGGCCGAUUGCUCGUUCUUUACGAUUUUGAAGAAAAACCAGAAAAUUCGGUGUAUUCUGCAACUUUUGAUAAAAGUGAACGCCUUAUAAUUUCUAGAAGUAGAAUAACCGCUGAGGAUGUGGCAAAAGUAGAUAUUAUCGCUCCUGGACCUAGAUUGGUUCUAGGAAGUUAUGAAAUGAAUUAUUCAUUGAAUUCAUAUGGUGACUUGAAAAAGUCUGUACUUGAUGUUGAUUCUAAAGCUACAGGAUAUCGUAUGCUUGUGAUUUCUGCUGAUGGUUCCAUGCAUUUCUGGAAAGAUCAUGAAGUAGUGUGGAAGAGUGAAGAAUCUCUCGCUCAUACCAUUGAAGCGGAAUUUUUAGAUUUACCAGAAAGAAAAUUAUGGACUCAAGAAGUAGAUGAGCUUGCUGAACAACCUGAAGAAGCAGAAACUAUUUCACCUCUUGCUCGUUAUAUUCGACGAGUAAGAACUCAUAUUGAACAGCUUAAGGAUUUGCCUGCUUAUUUGAUUGCUUAUGCUCAAAGAUUUAUAACUGGUGAUUACGAAGUAGAGCCGAUUCAAUUAGCUCGCAAAAGUAAAAUCAGUCUUCAUAGGGAUACAUUUGGUUUCAGAAAGCUUCUAAUUUUUGUGACUCGUACGAAGUUGAUCGCGUUAGACACAAACAAUAAAGGCCAAAUAGUUUGGUCUCGCUAUUUCGGAAACGAUAUAUUUGAGUUUAAUAAAAUUUUUGUUGUAAGAUCUUCUACAGUGAAAUAUCCUCCACUUGUUUUUUUAAAACAGGAAAGAAUUGUUACUCGUCUUUUCCGAUUGAAUGCUCUUACUGGAGAAAACUUUAUUCCCACAGAAAAUAAAGAACAUUUUCCUUCCGAAUUGUCAAUCCCAAUUAUAAUCAAACGUAUUCUAAAAUUACCUAUAGAAGAACCUGAUGAAAGAACUCAUAUUAUUGCAUUAAUCGAUGAAGAAUUAAAGGCAAGAUCUUUGAAAGGAUAUCAUGUCGAAAAUAAUGUUCAACCAUUUGAUGUUACUGAAGUUUGGUCUUUUGGUUUUCCCGAAGGAGAAAGUAUUGCAGCGAUUGGACAUAGACCUCAGCAUGAGAAAGUAGCCUCUCUAGGUCGCGUUCUUGGUGAUCGCUCAGUAUUAUAUAAAUACCUUAAUCCACAUCUAAUUGCAGUUGCCACAUUAUCGACAUCAACAAAUCCUACAUCACUAAAUGUGUAUCUAAUUGACACAUUUAAAGGAUCGAUUUUACAUCAUGCUAUUCAUGAGAACGUCGGGUCUUCACAACCUGUACGAAUUGCACAAAUUGAAAAUUUGGUUGUGUAUCAUUUUUGGAGUGAAAAUUUUAAUGAAAAGGGUUAUGUAGUAGUUGUAUAUGAAUUAUAUGAAAGUGAAACCCCAGAUCAACGAUUCGAAAGUCCAGUGUUUACUUCUUUUGCACAUGAACGUCCAUACGUUAGUGCACAAGCGUAUAUGUUCCCAUAUGGUGUAAAUGCAAUUGGAAUUACUACUACGAAACAUGGAAUUGCGACAAGAGAAUUCCUAUUCGCUUUGGAUACCAAUCAAGUAUUUGGUAUAUCUAAAAGAAUUCUUGAUCCACGUCGACCUCAGCGUGCUUUAACUAGUGAGGAUAAAGAAGAAAUGCUUAUUCCUUAUGAUCCGGCUAUUCCAGAUAAUAAGAAAUGGGUUUUGAGUUAUCAUUUAUCGAUUGCUGGUAUAAAAAACAUAAUAACAUCACCAGCGUUACUUGAAUCAACAUCAUUGGUCCUUGUUUAUGGUUUGGAUUUAUGGUUUACAAGAGAGGCACCAUCAAAAACAUUUGACGUAUUAAGUGAAGAUUUUAGUAAAGGAACUUUAUUAAUAACUAUUUUUGGAUUAAUUUUGGGUAUUCUUAUAACAAAACCAAUGGUUCGAAAGAAGAAAGUAAAUUCAAGAUGGUAUUAA